CGAAGGAACACUUGUAAGUAGGUAACACUGCAACGGUAAUAUUGCUGCUUGAUGUUUGCGCAAUAUUUUCAUCUGGAAUCAUUUGAUUGUUGCUAAUUUUUACAAAGGGUUGAAGAAAAUGAUAGAUGACCCUGCAUGUUGCUUGAAAUGUGUUUUGAAAUAUAGAUGGCUUCGAAAAACACAGACCUAGGCCAGGAGAUGGUUGCACAUGCGAGCACGAAGCAAGUAAUCGGCCUAAAUCGAUCUGGCCUAACACCAAAAGAAAUCGAGAACCUUCACGAGGGGUUGACAGGAAAGAGAAACAUAGUCCAUACUAUUUGUUCCUUACUCUCUGGAGCUGUUGCUGGUGCUGUAGCAAAGACAUCGAUUGCACCAUUGGACAGAACGAAGAUUUCUUUCCAAGUUUCUCAUCAACCUUUCACAGUAAAGGCUGCAGUUGAUUUUUUAAAGAAAAAUUAUAAUCAAUAUGGCAUUAGAAGUUGGUGGCGAGGUAACAGUGCGACAAUGGCUCGGAUUGUCCCAUAUGCUGCUUUGCAAUUUACAGUACACGAGGAGAUGAAGCUUUUAUUAAGAACAGUACCACAUGAGGAGGUGCUCCCCCCAGCUCGAAGAUUUCUUGCCGGCUCAGCGGCAGGUGUCACUGCAGUGGCGAUAACAUACCCCCUGGAUAUGGUUAGGGCGAGACUAGCCGUUUCCAGGAAAGAAAAAUACUCAAAUUUACGGAACGCGUUCAUUCGCAUCUACCAUGAUGAGGGAUUUCGCACAUUCUAUCGGGGAAUCACCCCAACCAUUCUCGGAAUUAUGCCGUACGCUGGUAUCUCCUUUUUUACGUACGAGACAUUGAAAUCUUCUUACCAUUUAUAUACUGACGUCAAAGAUAUUCUCCCGCACAAAGACUCGCGUUGGUGCUGUGCGGGUAUCUUAGGACAGACUUCAAGCUACCCCCUGGACAGUCGGCGGCGAAUGCAGACUGAGUCCGACGGGGUGAUAAAAUAUCAUAGAAUUAUUCAGACUUUGAAGGAGUUUCUUGCGAAGGAAGGUUUUGCUGGCUAUACAAACGAUGAGCAACUAACUGGGGAAGGACCCUGUCGCAGUUGCGAAUCAGCUUCACAACUUUUGACUUAUUCCAUUAAUUUUGCGUGA